AGCAAAAUAAAAAAAUACACCAAAACCAAACAGCAAAUAAAGGCAAAGUUACUUUACGAGAUCAUGUUAAUGAGUGUUGUUGACUGUAGCUAUACUUCUUUUGUUGUUGAUAUCCAUGACAUUGAGUUCUGAGUUCAUUCAGUCAGUCGAGUUUUGAUUUUGGAACAGCUAGUGUGUAGUGCUUGAUUUAGUAAGGAACUAAAAUGAUCCGCAAAAUUGUUCUUUUAACGGUUCUGGUCGUGGGAGUGUUAGCUGAAAACAUUCCAUUGAACAGGGGAAAUGUAGCUUCAGAACUUGUUCGUGAUCGACGGAGCCCCCAGGAUCAGAUAUUCCCAAAUUUCCCCAACAUGCCCGCACUACCUGGAUUUGAUCAAUCAAACGUCGUGUCACAGCAUACUGACAGCAACAAAAAUGGCUUCGCCCAAACGACAAUCUACAAAUCGAACAACGGUGGUGGAUCUUCUUCCGUUUCGUUCUCAAAAUCGGGAGGUACUGGGUCAACGUUGAACUUGUCAGCUGCAAUUAUUGCCGUUUUCGCUGUGAUUCGGGCUAUGCGGAUUUAAAAACAUGAAUCAAUGCAUGUAACCAAAAUUCUAAAAACCAAACCAUUUAUAGUGAUUUUUGGAAAGAACUUCCAAAAUAUUUUUUCUUAGAAUAGCUACCUUUCGAAUGCAUUAACGGUUUAGAUUUUCACAAUUUUAUUAAAGACAAUGUUACUUCUGUUGAAUAAAAUGUUGAUUGGCAUAAAUAAAAACUAACUUAAAAUUGAAAAAUAAA